CGAUGCGCUAUUGAACGACGGUUCAAGAACUACACAUUGACCUUUCACUCUGAUAUGGUUAGCUACUGACUCCCUCUCUUCAACGCUAUCGUCUUCUCCUCCACACUCUCUCUCUUCCUGGUUUCUUCAUUUCUCCUGCUUCCGAAUCCCUGUGUUUCUCCUUUCACCUCCAUUUCUCUCCCAUGGUGAGCAACUAGUUGCCAACAUUCCUGCAAUGUUGAAGGUUUCCUCCUCAUCUGACUGCAUUUCCAUCUUCAUCUCUCUUCUUCUCCUCUCACUUCCUUCCACCGCUCUCGCCCUCUCCGACUCGGAUCACCCGGUUCUCGCUAACGCUACUCUCCAGUCUAGUAAUGUAUCCAGUCCGAGGAAUAAGGAGGGUAGUUUUGCUGACAUAAUUGAUCGUGCUUUGGAGAAUGAGUUCAAGGAGAAUGACCAGAAUGAAGCAACUGAUGCAGGAGGCUUCAACAACAGCGUAGCGGAGCAGCAGGCAGUUCUGGAGACUGUGGCAAGGGUAAAGUCAAAGAAAAAUGAUACCAAAGAGGAAAAGUUUCAGCUUCAAAAUGUUUUCAAUUUGGACAGUGAUAAUGGAGCUGAAGACACUCCUACAUUGAUUGAUCGGAAGGACAAUGUCUUUAUCAUAUCUAACUUCAAGUCUAAAUAUCCAGUGCUGCAGCUAGACUUGAGAUUGAUCUCAGAUUUGGUUAUCGUUAUUGUCUCUGCAACUUGUGGUGGCAUUGCCUUCGCCUGUGCUGGACAACCAGUUAUAACUGGAUACCUUCUAGCAGGAUCUAUUAUUGGGCCUGGAGGAUUUAAUUUUGUCAGUGAAAUGGUGCAAGUUGAAACGGUGGCACAAUUUGGUGUAGUUUUUCUUCUUUUUGCACUGGGGUUGGAGUUUUCAACAACUAAGCUUCGAGUUGUUCGUGCAGUUGCAGUCCUUGGUGGCCUGCUCCAAAUUAUCCUAUUUAUGUGCCUCAGUGGGAUCAUAGCCUCGUCAUGCGGUGGGAGUGCUUCUGAAGGAGUUUUUGUUGGAGCAUUUCUAUCAAUGUCCUCAACAGCAGUGGUGCUGAAAUUUUUGAUGGAAAAGAAUUCGACAAAUGCUCUUCAUGGACAAGUCACGAUCGGCACCCUUAUCUUGCAGGACUGUGCUGUUGGGUUACUUUUUGCUUUGCUUCCAGUGCUGGGUGGGAAUUCUGGUAUUCUUCAGGGAGUGAUAUCCAUGAGUAAAGUGUUGGUGAUCUUGGUUACUUUUUGGGUUGUUUUGUCAAUUUUAUCCCGUACAUGUAUUCCUUGGUUCUUAAAAUUGAUGAUAAGUCUAUCAUCACAGACCAACGAACUCUAUCAAUUAGCAUCAGUGGCAUUCUGCUUGCUUGUAGCGUGGUGUAGCGAUAAGUUAGGGCUAAGUCUAGAAUUGGGCUCAUUUGCUGCUGGAGUUAUGAUAUCAACAACUGAUCUUGCUCAACAUACCUUCGAACAAAUAGAGCCUAUAAGGAACUUCUUUGCGGCCCUUUUUCUUGCCAGCAUUGGAAUGCUGAUCAACGUUCAGUUUUUGUGGAACCAUGUUGAUAUAUUGCUUGCAGCUGUUAUACUAGUAAUAAUUGUAAAAACAAUUGUAAUUAGCACAGUGGUGAAGGGAUUUGGGUACAACAACAGGACGUCACUUCUGGUUGGAAUGUCUCUGGCUCAGAUAGGGGAAUUUGCUUUUGUUCUUCUCAGCCGUGCUUCUAAUCUUCAUCUAGUAGAGGGAAAACUGUAUCUGUUGCUUAUUGGGACCACAGCCCUUAGUCUGGUUACAACUCCUCUUCUUUUCAAGCUGAUACCUGCUGUAGUGCACUUAGGCGUGCUAUUGCGGUGGUUCUCUCCAGACGGUCUCGUUGAGAUUGGAUUUAAAGGAGACAUCAUCCGCUCAGACAGUGUAAAGCAGCGAGUUAUGUUGAUAGUUCAGGGACCUCAUGAUUCAUGACAGAUUUGCUGAAAAUGAAAUGCUAUUUCUGAUCGAGGAGUCAAAUUCUGGCCAGCUUAUUCCCAUGUGCAAGUGAAGUCGAUUGAACCACUGUAUAUUUAUUCACGUUUUUCUAUCAUAUGAAGCGUGCCUAGAGUCAUUUUUUGUUACAUUUAACUCACUAUUAGAUAUGGAAAAUCAGAUAGGGUGUUCUACAUGGAUGACCAAUGAAGUGUGGUACCAAAUACAGUGGAUAAACUAUUGUAUUUGUUUUCUCUAUGACCUGAUUCUUUGUAAAAUGUAAUAUAGUUUGGAUAUUAUAAUGAAAUGGUUACUGCACAAAAUGA